AUGGCAUUUAUCGAUCCUGAGUUUAAUUUAGCUUCUGACAAGAAGAAUGAAGGUUUAUUAAAGUUAUCUGAUGAUAAUGUAAUAACAAUGAGGAUAAGUGAAUCAGAUAAAAGCUCAAGAAGCUUAUCUCGCUCGCAUUCUUCUCCAAAUAUUGCUCAAAUGGUUGCUGACGAAGAAAAGAAAAGUAGUGAAAUAUCCCUUCCAAAGAUUGAUCGAACUCUUAAACCCUCUCGUAUGUAUAUUGCUGGAAAGCUUCAUAUGAUCGUUGGAUCCGAAAUUAAAGGACUCAGCAGAUUUGCUUCAGAGUUUUCGCUUCCAGCAUUGAUAUUUUUGAAUUUAAUUACCAUAGAUUUAAUUCACGCCAAUUGGUCAUUUGUAAUUGGAGUUUUGAUAGGAAAACUUGCAAUUUUCUUCCUAGUUGCUAUAGUGACUCUCAUCGUAAGAAAACCAUUUAAUUUAGCCAUAUGUGGACUAUAUGCAAUAUUCUGUACUCAAGGAAACGAUUUCGGUUUAGCUUAUCCCAUAAUAACGUCCUUAUACGGAUCAAAAUAUCCAUACUAUCCAGGAUACAUGUAUCUAAUAGCACCGAUAUCGCUUAUAAUCUUAAAUCCUAUAGGAUUUUUAAUGAUGGAAAUUGAAAAAUUCCGUUCUACUAAUUCGAAUAAAGAUUUAUUUAUUAAUAGAAGACAAAUUAUAUUUAAAUUUACCAAAAUGAUUUUCUCAAUAAUUUGGGAAGUGUUAACUAAUCCAAAUGUUUUCAUGACAUUAUUAGGAGUCCUUGGUAAUAUAUUUUUAAGAGGACAAUUCCCCGAUGUAAUCAUUCGAAUACUAGAGGUCUUGAGUAUGGCUUUCGAAGCAACUGUAUUAUUUUUAUUAGGCUUUAGUAUAUUAGGAACAGGAAGUAGUCUUGCUGGUGCUGGACUUUUGGUUCCUGGGAUAUUGUUAGCUGUAAAAAUGCUAGCUUCACCUCUUAUUAUUCGUGCAACUGUACAACUUUUAUGUGCAACAUACCCAGAUGUCGAAGAUUUAGCAAAUUAUGGGUUUUUAUAUGGAAUGGUUCCAACUGGACCCAUUGUAUUGCUUUUUGCUAAUCAAUACAGCCUACCUACAGAAGUGCUCUCCGCGACGAUGGUAGUUUGCACUUUUCUUACUGCACCACUUAUGUUCGUUUUAGCAAAGAUGGUCACCAUGCAUGUGAGUGGUGUAGCCGAAUACGCCAUGCAAAUGAGCAAUACUCUUCUGGUCCUGGGAAUAUUGGGAUUAUUGGCAUCAAUACUUAUGAGUAUUGGGUUAUUGGUAUGGUACGGCGUAGCUAAAAGCAAUACAUCUUUAGCAUAUAUACACAUUGCUCUCAUCACUGGAGGACAUUUAGCAGCAAGAUCUUGGACUGCUAUUUUAGCAGCAGCAAUUGUCCUUUUCGCUAAAUUUCCUAACUGUUUCGAUAAAAUUCUUCGAUAUUGUCUUUCUCUCGGUUUUGGAAUCCCCAUUGUUAUAAUGAUUGUUCUGAUCAUUAUAACUGGUUUAAGAGGUCAUCUUGUAGAAGAUAAAGAGGAUAUUCCUGUAUUUCUCUAUGGUAAUGAUGAGGCUAUCGCGUCGUCCGUAGUGUUAAGCUUGAGUUUCGUUAUAACUCUUUCGUCUUUGGUGUUAUAUUACCGACAAAAUCCGAGACAAAACGUCGAAGAAAUUCCAGAAAUUUGUAUCGAAGAUAAUUCUUCUAAUGAAAAUGUAACAGAUAAGACAUUAAUUGAAUGCACUCAAGUUGCUGUUUACAAACUAAGAAAAUCUUCAACAAUUAGUGUAGCACCACAUUCCUCAUCAAUGCUUCUAAUACACANUUUAUUUUUUAAUUUAUAUUGGAAUAUUACAUUGGGGUAUUUUAAUAUGACUUUAAUAAUUUGCAGUUUAAGAAAAUUGUUUUGCGGCAGAACUCUUGUAUUAAAACCAAUGGAAGAUCUGAAUUAUGAAACCAAGCGUAUAUGUCAGCAAUUUUUAACAUAUCAUUACGAAAAUUGCAAUAAAGAACUUUGCAGGAACUUAAUAUUGAAACAAAAGAACUACGAAAAUUGUUUUCGUGGAAAAGAACUUAUUGAUUGGUUAUUGGAAGCGGGAUUAGCGGGAAGUCGUUACGAAGCACUUCAAUAUGGCCGCCACCUUCUGGAUGGACGAGUCAUUUGUCAUAUCGAUCUUAAAAAGCAUUUACAUGAUGGAUCACAGCUUUAUAGAUUUGUGACUCAACCAGAUGUUCCUUGAAAAUUGAGAUGAAUCGUGAUUUAUGAAGAUCAGAAUGAAGAAUGCUACGAAGAAACUGGGCAUUCUGUUCUUGCAAUAGAUUAUAUCAUUUUGUGAGUUAUAUAACGAGCACCACCGAUUACUGAAACUUGUGUAUUUAAAGAUUGUCUUGAUUCCUUAUAAAGAAAAAGUGCCAAACUAAAAAUUUCUUUAUUCAAUAACGCCCAAAAAUGUAAGAAAAGUUAAAUUUUCUUUUGUAAAUAAACUGUAUUUCUGUUACGUUUUAAAAGUUUAAAGCAUUUCUGUAAUAUAUAAACGUUUAUAUCCAUCUAACAUGUCAAAAAUACAAUUAGAAAGUCAGCUAUGUAUAUAAAAUUUAACGUAUGAUGGAAAAUAUUGAAUAUAAAAUGUAAAAAGUUUCUUUGUAUCGACUUAUUUCAGAAUUUGAAUUCUUCAAUUGGGUAUUGUAUAUAGUAUGUUUACAAAAUAUCAUUAUCAUUAUA